UCUUGCACUGAUGCAGAGCCCCCAUCUUAUCCCCCUGGUACCUCAAAAUUUGGUGUAUAUUUUCAAACACAAAUGAAGGUUCUCCUGAAUGGCUUCUGAUUCCUUCAACAGGAGCUCCUCCUCCUUCAUCCUGGUGGGUGUCCCUGGCCUGGAAGCUUUCUCCACCUGCCUGGGCAUCCUUUUCUGCUCGGCCUACGUCCUUGCCAUGGUAGGAAACGGGGCGGUUUUGCUGGUCCUGGGGCUGGACAAGACCCUGCAGGCCCCCACCCAUUGCUUCCUGGCCAUGCUGGCGGCCACCGACGUGGUCAUGGUGACGUCCGUCGUGCCCAAGAUGCUGGGCGUGUUCUGGCUGGGCUCUGCUGAGAUUGGCUCCACGGCCUGCUUUGUGCAGAUGUUCCUGGUUCACUCCGCGACGGCUGAGGAGUCGGGGGUGCUGCUGGCCAUGGCCGUCGACCGCUACGUUGCCAUCUGCCACCCUCUCAGGUACCACGGGCUCCUGAACGGCCGGCGCGUGUCCCAGAUCGGCCUGGCCGUGGUGCUGAGGGCUGUCCUCUGCAUGGUGCCCCUGACGGGGCUGCUGACGUCCGUGCCCUACUGCGGCUCCCGCCUGGUGCCCCACUCCUACUGCGAGCACGUGGCCGUGGCCAGCCUGGCCUGCGCCGGCCCCGGGGCCAGCGGCCUCUACAGCGUGGCCGUGUCCUCCCUGCUGGUGGGGAUGGACGUGGCUUUCAUUGCCGCGUCCUACGGGCUGAUCCUGAGAGCCGUCCUGGGGAAGGAGUCCCUCGGGAAGGCCCUGAGCACCUGCGGGUGCCACCUGUGCGUGGUGCUGCUGUUCUACGUGCCCGGGAUCGCGUCCAUCUACUGCCAGCGGUUCCCUGGCGCCGUGCCCGCGCCCGCGCGGGUCCUGCUGGCCGACCUGUACGUGGCCGUGCCCGCCGCGCUCAACCCGCUGGUGUACGGCGUGAGGAGCGGGCAGAUCCGCCGGGCCCUGCUCACAACGCUCUUGCCCAGGAAGGCCUGUGCCUGA